AACGAGCGUCGGCAGCGCCGGCUCAAGAACAAGGGGGUAGCACACCACCAAGGGAAUCGGUCCCUCCCGCAGUUCAUGGACGCCUGGAGGGACUCCCAUGAUGGGGAGGAGAUCAACGUGGUGGUGGGGUACGCCCUUUCUAAAAAGGGCAAGGCGAAGGACCCGAACAACAGGUUCGACCCGCAGGACGGGCCGGAGGCGUACACCAACGCCGGCGUCCACCCCAAGCUCAUCGAGUACAGCGCCGCGUUUCGCCAGCGCCAUGGGGACGACAAGGACCCCACCACGGAGCCCCUGGACCCAGAGCUCGUGAUGAGGUUGGGAGGAGGGAAGCAGCACGGCUCCUACUGGAUGGCCAACAGCGCCAUCGACCCGACCACUACUCCCACGCUGAGAGAGAUUCGAAAAGCCAACUCCAGCAGCUCCUCCGGCAUCCCCAUAGCGCCACGACAGCCGAGCACCACCCAGAUGUACACGCAGAUGGAGGCUAGGAUGGAAGAGCUGGAGGCCAACCAGGCGGCCCAGGACUUGGCCCACAAGAUGCAGCUGGCGGCGGUGGAGGCGGCCCACCAGGCGCACCUGGCGGCACUGACGGAGCACCACCAGCGUCAGAUGGCGGACCUGGCGAGCUUCCUCCGGACCCAGCACCAGCAGGAUCUUCCUCCCUCGCUCUUUGCUCCAGCACCAGUCCUAGUGCCUGCUCCUGUUCAGCGUCCGGCUCCGUCGGCGGGUUCGAACCCGACUCCCAGCCCUCCACUGGGUGCCAGCCCUACACAGCAAGGCUGGCCAGGGUACCCGACCUACCCGACCUACCCCACGCAGCCGUUCACGUGGGGGCCUCCUCCUCCACAGUCGCAGGGCUACUCCUCAUGGCCGGGGGCGCAGACGCAGCAGGGGCCUAGCGCAGGACUAUGGCGCUACGACGCCGCGCCGUCAGGGUGGACUCAGGCACCACCACAGGCAGGGUGGGGUUCGUGGGGCGAUGGGACCCCUGGGGACGGCGCCACGAGCUAGGAGGACCUGUGGGGGGUACUCGGUGACGAGCAAAGUACCUUUGCCUCCAUCUUCUCGACUAGAACGCAUGUUAGACC